UUGGAUCUCUUCUGUUUAAAUACGGGAUCUAGUCCUUUCGUGGGAACAAGACAAAACCUUUACCUCUCUACUUCAUUCGAAUCUUCUUCUUCUCUUCUCCCAAUCUAAACCAAAGCCCUCUUCUUCUCCUUCUCUCCCAAUCAAUAUGGCUAAGGAACUUGCAGCUCAGGCUAAAGAAGCUUUCGUAGACGACGACUUCGAUGUUGCUGUUGACUUGUACUCUAAAGCUAUUGACUUGGAUCCCAAUUGCGCUGACUUCUUCGCCGAUCGUGCUCAGGCUUACAUCAAGCUCGAAAACUUCACCGAAGCUGUGGCAGAUGCGAAGAAAGCUAUUGAGUUGGAUCCUUCAUUGACCAAAGCUUACUUAAGAAAAGGAACUGCCUGUAUGAAGCUUGAAGAGUACAGAACUGCGAAAACAGCACUUGAAAAGGGUGCUUCCAUUGCACCAAAUGAAUCCAAAUUCAAGAAGUUGAUUGAUGAAUGUGAUCUUCGAAUCUCAGAAGAAGAGAAAGAUUUGGUUCAACAGCCAGUAAAACUUGAUCAGACCCCUCCUGUGCCUGCAGAACCGUCCAAACCAAAGUUCAGACAUGAAUACUACCAAAGGCCAGAAGAAGUUGUGGUAACUGUAUUUGCAAAAGGGAUACAGAAGCAGAAUGUUAAUAUUGACUUUGGUGAACAGAUUCUGAGUGUUGUGAUUGAUGUUCCUGGAGAAGAAGCUUAUCAUCUCCAACCGAGAUUGUUUGGAAAGAUAGUACCAGAGAAGUGCAGAUAUGAAGUAAUGUCAACCAAAAUUGAGAUCCGUCUUGCAAAAGCAGAGAUCAUCACAUGGGCUGCUCUUGAACACGGCAAAGGGCCAGCGGUUUUGCCAAAGCCUAAUGUCUCAACAGAGGUUUCAAUGAGACCGGCUUAUCCUUCUUCCAAGAGAGUUAAGGACUGGGACAAGCUUGAAGCAGAAGUGAAGAAACAGGAGAAGGAUGAGAAGCUGGAAGGAGACGCGGCUUUGAACAAGUUCUUCCGUGAGAUAUAUUCAAAUGCUGAUGAAGAUAUGAGGCGUGCAAUGAGCAAAUCAUUUGUGGAAUCUAAUGGGACAGUGCUCUCAACAGACUGGAAAGAGGUUGGAGCUAAGAAGAUCGAGAGCACUCCUCCUGAUGGUAUGGAGCUCAAGAAAUGGGAGAUCUGAUCUCAUGUAAUAUGUUUGUGCUCUUAAGGGUUUUGCUUUCUCUUCUUUACAUGGAUUUGGAUUCUUUUGUAUUUGCCUUAAAACUUUCAUAUUGUUUAUACACAAACAACUGAACUACUGAAGUUUUAAAUUUAAAUGUUCUAAUUCUUUA